CUUAGCCAACACCCCAUCACCUGGGCCGGCCGGCGGGAGCAAACAGACAACGCGCAGCAUCCCUCUGCUCAUAUUUUUGCUUCGACGGAACCGUGCCGCGGGUAUUGGUCAAUCUGCCGUCUUGUGCCACUGCCAGUGCUAAAAGACCAGAUUACGACAUGCUCCAUUCUGGCAGAGAAGAGAGGGGGGAAUGGAUACGGCGUCACGAGAGACACGCAUUGCGGCUGUCAUUUCUCAGAUGGGUUGCUUCUCUCUAUCUUUUGGCUCGACGGUCAGGCGACAAGUUGAACGGUAAAAGCAAAACUAGGCUUGCGCAGUUUAGCCAGGGGAACCCAGCGAGAGCGCUAUUGACACAACGGACCCCCUUUUUUUUCGAGCUUCUCCUUCUCUCGUCAGAUAUUGCGAAUGCGUACAUGUAUGGCGUUCUUUCACGAAAGCUAUUUUGCCACAAUCAUGCCGUAGCAAUUCUCUGCCAAGACGGCUGUAACAUAAGUUGGCCUGGUGAGUACUGGCAAUGCAAUGCUUCUCUUCCUUUUUCUUUUCUUCUUUUAUUUUCUUUGUUCUCUCAAGCACACUCAAUGUGCCAAAUCAAUGCUGGUUCAACAUGAUUCGUGCUGCAAGCAAUUUAUUUAUUUAUUUAUUUUUGGCCCUUCUUCCGUCAGAUAUUAGCGGUUGUUGAAAUUAAACCUUGCCGCUCUCUUAUUACCGUGGACUCUACGAUGUCUGACAGAGCCUAUACGGUACAACAAGCAAGGUCCGGGGACGCCAGCUACUGUUCCACACAGUAUCUCUCCACAAAAACUAGCCGUCCAGGGUACAUGUUUUUGUAUCCAUCACUCCUGGCAUCUCUGUGCCUGGCGAGAGAGAGAGAGAGAGA